AUGGCUCAAGAUAGCGACGUCACCCCGUCGGCCGAAGCUGCAGCAUCUGCUGCCACCACCACCACCGACGCUGUCGAAACAAAAGAACUUCCCAUCCGACAGACCAGCUUUGGAACGGCUGCUCCUGGACAGACCCUGACGGGGAAGCAAGAACAUUACCUCAAGCGCGAGCUUAUUUCCAAGCAGGCGAAAUGGGAAAUCGACGAGCUCAACUCUCCCACCGCUCUUCAGCGAUUCGGCGCGCCGUUUCGUUCUGAGCGUGGUGAGGUCCCACCUGAGGAGUCGGAACUCCCCAUUCUUCGUUUCGUUUUCGUCCACCAUGUUCGAGAUUUUCCUUUCCUCGACAAGGCCAAGGAAAAGGAGUUUUGGCAAGACAAACUCCAAGUUUUCUUGGAGUCAUUUGCAGUUAAGCGCGUCUCAUCAUCCGAAGACCGGCUUGAGGAAACCAAGCGGAGAAAGCUUGCCAUCAAGGCCCAGAAGCUCAUCGAGCUGAUGAUGGUUUCUGGCAUACCAACAUCCUCUGGCUUCGAAGAGCGCAUUCGCUUCUCAGAGAUUGAGAUUGUGGACAGCAACGCUAUUGAGACUGGAGUAAUGCAUAGUAUACCCGAGGGCAACUACAUCAAUGGGUGGGAUGUCAAUGUCGCUGGUGUGCGCGUCAUGACUGUCAAGGGGAGGAUCCGGCAGCACAAACACGCCGAGUUCUUGCUUCGUAUUAAGCAAAAGGGCGAGCUGGAGCACUUUGUCGGACGGAGGUAUGGAGACUUUAGCAGACUUCACAAGCGAAUAAAGACGGAGUUGCCUGGCCGGAUUCUGCCCCCUCUACCCAAGAAGAAUAAGUCUAGCACGACGGCAUCUGGGCUGUGGACCGGAUGGAGCAAUGCCGAUGAUUCGGAUGCGUCGUCUGUAUCGUCCGUUUCCACGCGAAUCACAGAUGCCCCCGUGCCGCAGUCUGGCGGUAUCUCGUCGCUGUUGUCGCCCACAGCACCCAGUCAACGAAAACCUGGUUCCGCUCGAUCCAUUCGCUCCGCAAGAGAGUCUCCUCGACCUUCGGUUGAUGGGAAGCAGAGUCCUGAGAAGCAGGAUGCCGAUGAUAGCGUCGUAUUGUGGAGAGAAUCCUCGCGCGUUUCUCUUCGUGCCUUUUUGAGGUCUCUGUUGCACAACCCUCAGGUUGCCAACACCAAAGCCAUGCAAGAGUUCCUGAGCGGUGACCCCAUCACCCCCACCGACGAUGAUGUAGAGGACAUUAUGAGGCGCAAGGCUAUCGACGAGAAGAGAAUCGAGGAACAGAAACAGUUUUAUGAGAUUGCGAGGAAGAGAGCCGCGGAACUUGACGAAUACAUGGAGCACUUUCGGCGGGAUAUUGUCGAGCGAAACGGUCUUACAAUGCUUUUCAAGGAAAUAAAGGAAAAAGAGACGAUUCAAGACCUCAGUCUCCAGUAUCAAAAAUUUGCAGAGUGGUUGAGGAUUGAAGUUGCAGCUGUGAUUUAUCACCUCUUCCUUGCGGAGGAUAAUUCGCCCGAGAUUUUUGCCCAAGCGAAGCGCAUUCACUCUCUGAUCCCCUACUCGGUCCUCAAAAAUGUCAUUCGCAUUGCCAACCCAGCGGCAGUCAUGUCGGGUGUGCUGGACAUCUUCCUUGCCCAACCGUUCGGUACCAGAUCACUAAUGCAAAGAAUUUUCUCUCUCACUCUCAAUGACGGGAUCAAGAGCUUCCAAAAGUCGAUUGACGCUCUGACAAACAAGAUCGCGGACCCCGUCUUUACUGACAAGCUAAAGAGAUACACAGACGCCGAGGAAGAUCUGAAAGCCGCUAUCCGCUUGGAGGCUGAAGAGGAGCAGAUUGACCUUAUUGUUGCCAUUAUGCGAUCCGAUCUCAUCGAGCCCGAAUUGACUGGUGAACAAAUUCAGCGUCUGUUUAAUGCAUACGUUGCGUUCAACAAUGCCGUCGAGAACGUUGACGAGGAAUUGAAGCAAGGUGCGCAACUGUUCUCGUAUCUGAAGCAGCUUCUUAAGCUCUGCACACGACAGCGAGACAAGGCUAUGAUGCUUCGACUAAUUGAGGAGCCGGUGACACUGCAACUAUUCCGAGAUCUGUUUACAAUCUUUUACGAGCCUCUUGUUAGAGUAUACAAGUCCGCCAAUGUCUAUAAUAGUGUCACAGACUUUGCGGUCUUUAUAGAUGACAUGAUUCAGGCAAGAUCAACACACGCCGUCGUCGACAAAUGCAGAGAGCAGGAUGCCUCGGCAGAUCCCAACCAGACGGUUCAAGCUUUUAUCGAUUUAUGCCAGAGACACGAGCAUCACUUUUACAAAUUUGUCCAUGAGGUCCACACACACGACAAUGGCCUCUUUACGCAGCUCAUGGGCUGGAUCGAAGGAAUCCUCGAGUUCCUCCGCCACGGACCCAAGAACGGAACGCUUAAUGUUAAUGCAUUGUUUGAAGGCGGCGUUAGUGCAGGAAUUUUAGACAAGGAAAAGGCCAUUCAAGAGAUCAACUCUCUCAUCUCAUGGCAGGAGGCGAGGAAGAAGUGGCACCACGACAAGACGCGACAGAAGAUGGCCGCAGAGGGCGGGCCUCUAGGCUCUGUAGGAGCCAUUGGAACUGGCUUCGAUUCUACUGAUUUUGGCUUAAACGGACAAGACCUGCAGGAAAUGGCAUAUGACUUCGAGUCCGAGUCUGAAAAGGAGGCGGAGGCGGAGGAAGAGGAUGAGCUGGAUCCAAUCUCGGCAGAGAGACGCAGAAGAGCUAAGAAACAAGAUCGACUCCGCCGCAGUGCAGGGGAGCCGGCGAAGCCUGUGAUCUCUGAGGUCCACAAGCUGCAUGACAAUUUCUUGGUCAUGCUGCGGGAGGUGCUGGCAGGUUAA